UUUCCACCUCCCUCUAUAUAACGCUAUCGAGCCCUCCGCUCCCAGACCAACAAGAAGCUUUCAUAGAGGGAGGAGGAGUCUAUAGACUGUAAAGACUUUUCCUUUAGCUACUGCGGAAAGGAUUCUUUGAACAGAAGAGAAAAGUUUCCGCAGUAGUUUUGAUAAUAUCUAGCUUUAAAUAUUAUCUCUCCGUAUUUGAAUCGCAAAAUGGCUCGCUCUUUCUCCAACGCUAAGGUUGUUUCUGCUUUGGUCACCAAAGCAAUUAACAGACGAGGAUUUUCUGGGGCAGCAGCGCCAACUGCAGCACCACAAGGAGCUGCUGCCAGAAGCGGCGCAAUGGUAAAGAAAUCAGGAGAGCAGACGGUUGGAUCCACCGAUAAGAUUUCCUGGGUUCCAGAUCCCCGUACCGGAUGCUAUAGACCGGAGAACGUCAACGAGGAGAUUGAUGCCGCCGAGUUAAGGGCUACGCUUUUGAAGAGGCACUGAACAAACAAAUUUAUGCUACUUUUCUAGGCAAAAAAAAAAAAAAAA